GAUACAGCUCCAAGAUUUUAUUGCGAAAAUAAACAUGAUCAUUCUGCUGGCACGCAAAAUUCUCCCUCAGUCGACGAAACUAUAAAAGUUGGAAAAAUUCUUAGUUUAAUGAAAGAACAAAAAAAAAGGAGAAAGAAAAUGAACAAUACCAAUAGCGUCUGGCGACACGAAGAAGUUGUAGCCGCCACUCUACAGCUCGUCCGAACGCUACGACAUCAAUUCAAUGACGCGUUCAACCUCACCAUCGAUCAACUGGUUUUAGCCGAGAAUGACCAAAUACAACGCAUCAAUUUCAAUACAAUAAGUCCUCUAAACACAAAUUUCGGUUACAUGUUUCUGGCGAUGGGCGUCGUCGAAACUUCAGUCAUGUGA